AUGGCUAGCAAAGAAGUUUUGGUUUUGAGAGGCACCCUUGAGGGCCACAACGGUUGGGUCACUUCCUUGGCCACCACCCAGUCCAAGCCAGACCUCCUUUUGUCCGGUUCCAGAGACAAGACCUUGAUCGCCUGGAAAUUGACUGGUGGUGAGAACAACCAAUACGGUGUUCCAAAGAAGUCCUUCGUUGGCCACUCCCACAUCGUCCAAGACGUCACCAUCUCCGCCGACGGUGCUUACGCUUUGUCCGGUUCUUGGGACAAGACCUUGAGAUUGUGGGACUUGGAGACCGGUGAGUCCACCAUGAGAUUCACUGGCCACACCGGUGACGUUUUGUCUGUGUCCAUCUCCCAAAACUUGAGACAGAUUGUUUCUGCUUCUCGUGACAAGACCGUCAAGGUCUGGAACUCCAUUGGUCACUGUGUCAACACUUUGCCAGCCCACAAGGACUGGGUCUCUGCUGUUAGAUUCUCUCCAGGUGCCAACUCUUCCACCGUUAUCUCUGCUUCUUGGGAUAAGACUGUUAAGGUAUGUUUAUUUUUAGCUCUUUGA